GAAAUCACAAAAGGUAUCAGGCUGGGGUGGUGACAUGUACCUUGCAGGCGGCCAAUGAGUGAGUGAUUCGUGGUGAAGGGUUCUAGAACGCGGUGUAAUAGUUCAGGGUGGUUCUUGUAUCUCGGCGGAGUGGGAAACGCUGGCAACGAAAAUCUCGAUAAUGGCAGCAGCACAUUCUGUUUUUGCUUUUGCUGUCUGUUUUCUAAUGAUAUCUGAAUUUAUACUGGCAAAGAAGGAUUAUUAUGAAAUUUUGGGUGUGCCAAAAAAUUCAUCUGACCGUCAAAUCAAGAAGGCGUUUCACAAGCUUGCAAUGAAAUACCAUCCAGAUAAAAAUAAAAGUCCAGAUGCAGAGGCAAAGUUCAGAGAAAUUGCUGAAGCCUACGAAGUCCUUUCAGAUGAGAAGAAAAGGAAAGAAUAUGAUCACAUAGGUCAUCAGUUUUUCAAUGCAGGCAGUGGUGGCCAUCACACCCGUUCUUUCAAUUUCAACUUUGAUGACUUCCUUAAGGAUUUUGACUUUGAUUUUGGUCACAGAGCACAUCAGAAGAAACAUUUUGAUAGUCAUUUCAGGGCACACCAGGAGGCGCACAAUGCACACAGAUUUUCCUUUGGAGAUAGACAAUUUCCAUUUGGAGGAGGGUUGUUUGAUGAUGUAUUUGAAGACAUGGAAAAGAUGUUCUCAUUCAGCAGUUUUGGCAGCACACACAAACACACAGUGAGAACUGAGAAGUUUCAAAGCUCCGGGAAGCAGCACUGUAAGACUGUUACACAGCGCAGAGGAAACAUGGUAACUACAUAUACAGACUGUUCAGUGCCGUAAACUUGCUGAAUAUACAUAAUGGUAAUGGCAUGGUUUACUUGACAUCUUUUACGUCAUGGUCUGUUUCCCAGGCAGAAGUGUCAAGAAAGGCAAUAUCUGAGCUGACUUGCACAAAAGUAAUGCUUUUCUAUUAGUGUUUGUGAACCUUCUGGAAAUUUAUUGAGUGCAAUGCGCUAAUUCCAGCUAGAAACUGUACUUAGCCUUCGCAGUAACUAUUUUCUAGCUUAGCAUUUCCAAGCAUAUGUUUAAUAAAUAUAAAGCAAUAGUAAGAAUAAUUGAUGUACAAGCUAGCACAGGAGGCAACAGGUUUAAAUGAAAUAAUGGUGAAACAGGUUAUUCUGUAACAUGACUGCAUUUGUUUAAUCCCAAUGUAUGAAAUGGUUUUAAUUUCAUUUGAGACAGAUCUUGUAUCUUGCAUUGGCUAAUGAAGGCAGAGUGCUGUGCUCUAAUAGCUUAACCUUGUUACUAGCUUAUCUGUCAUUUUCUUAAUAGGAUCUAUGUGGUAUCCUAGAAUCCACAAUUUGAUUUCUACAGUAUCAGUGCUGAGCACAUGCCUUAUUUAUUGUUUUUGUUUGUUUAAAUGUCUUUAUAGUCACAUUUAAUUUUGGCUUUGUUGUGUUGCUCUGACAUUUUGGGCUUUGAUUUUUAAAAAGAAAUGUAGUGAAAAGGCACAUACUAUAAAGAUUGGCCUCCAGUUUGAAUCUGAAUCGUAAACUUGUAUAUCUUGUGUUGGUGUGGAGAAUCACAACAUUGAAUUAAAAUUUGUUAACUUCAAUGUACAUAGUGUGAUAUAGUUUGAAAAUAAAUAUAUAAAAGCCUAAUUCCUGCAAAGCUCAUCCAAGUGCAGGCCAAUAAUUCUUUUUGGUGCUAACUAAAGUUGAUUUUUACAAAAUGCUUUGUGUAAUUACAAAAACCUACUUUUGGAAAGUGUGAUGGGAGAGGAAAAACCAUACUCACUCAGUUCCUUUUAGGCGUAUGUAGUAUUCAGUAGCUAACAUUGAAAAGCUAACAAAAUGAAGUAAUUUCUAAAUGAUAAUGAUUUACUGUUCUUCGCUAACCUGUAGUCGUGAUAUUCAGCAAACUUGUAUCUUUAAUAUGCCAUGUGGUACAUAUUUUUGUUGUAUUCAGAUCAUUUUUUCUUGCCAUAUGCCUCCCCAUUGUCUUUUGGUAAGUGUGCAGAAUUUAUAAAAUCUGAUUACCUCAUUUCAUUGUCUUGAAAAUCGCAGAUACAAAACUGCGUACUGUCAAAUGUGCAAUAUUAUUGUACAUAUUUUUCUCUACAUUGCAGAUGUUGUGUAGACUCCAUUAGUUUAUUAAAAUUUGUGAAACCUGUUUCCAAAAUGUCUUGCACUUUUCCAAAAAACAUUUGUUAAAUAAAUCCAGUUGCUAAAA